ACGCGGGAAAGUGUUCUUCUUCUUUUGAUUUAAAGUGUUAUCAAAUGAAAAGAGAAUGAUUUAUAAAAUUAGUCAAAAUUGAAAUGUUAUGAAUUUUAAGUAAACUAUUCUGUUUCCCAAUUAAAAAGUUGUUGAUUAAUCAAAAUGCCUAAAGCUUUAAGUUUAAAAAAGACACAAAGCAGUCAAGCCAAGAAUCAACAACCAAUAACACAAUUUUUUAAAACUGCUUCACUUAGUCAAGAAAAUGUCUCACCAGUUAAACACCGAGAAUCAAUAGAAACAAAAGUUGCAAACAAUACAUUAAAAAGAAAAGCUAAUUCGCCUCUUAAAGAACAAGAAUGUAUUAACAAACACUCAAUCAAAUGCGAUAAUUCAUUGAAAAAGCAUAAAAAAGAAAAUAAUCAUGAUCAUGAAGUAGGACACAAUGAAAACACUAACUCACUAAAGACUAGCUGUACAAACAUUAACAUUUCACCUAAAAAGGAACAUGUAUCAAAAAAAUUAUUUGUUGAUAAAGAGAACAGCUCCACUAAGUCUAAAGGUGAACAGAAUAAAAUAUCAACUGCUUCUCUUUAUAACAAUACACAAGAGAAUACAUCUAAAGUAUCAUCUAGUCCCAUAAAGAGCUGUAGUAAAUCAAAUAAAAAUGAGAAUUGCUGUAAACAAAAUAUUAUAGAUAAGAUGGAAGUGGUUGUAAAAAGUGGCGUAACUAAUUCUCCUAAUGGUAAACAUAAAUCACCUAAGAAAAAUAUAAAAGCUGUUAUAAGUGUUUCACCAAAAUCAAACACAUUACAAACUCAUAAAUGUGAUGAGCAGUCACCAUCUAAGAGUGGAUCAACAGCGAAAGUGCUUGAAUGUAUAGAAAAUAACAUUGAUAUGUUUGAUGAUUGGGCACUUGAUAUUGAUGAGGACAUUAAAGAAGAUUUGGAUCUAAGUGUGUUGCAAAGAUGUGAGGUACUCUCUGUGAAGAGACAUGAUUAUAAACUUGAGCUACGACUUAAAAACGAUAUGAAUAGUAAAGGCACAUGUAUUGUUGAGGGUAUCUGGUUAAACACGCCAUUGGAAGCAGGUGAAAUAGUGAGCGUUCUCGCAGCACGUGACUCCUCAGGUUGCUAUAGCGUUAACAAUACAUCUGGCCUUUUGGCUCUGAGACCAGACCACUUGGUAUCCAGCACGAGUGUUGUUGCCGGAGUGUUCUGCAAACGGAAAGCAGUGCUGCAGGAAAGAUGGCGGGGCAUAGAUUCAGCUAAUACCGCGAUGACCAUAGGUAUUCUGAUCCAUGAGUUAGUGCAAAAAGCUCUUACACAAAAUAUAUCAAGAACAACCGAAUUGGAUAUAGAAGCUGACAAACUAAUAAAGGAGUCAAUACAGAUGUUGUACGACGCAGGAAUAUCUGAAACGGAAGCGCGUUCGAACAUGCAGAUGUACAUACAGCCGCUUGCUGAUUUUAUGCAGACAUAUGUAGCUACAAGUUCGAAAUCAUCACAAAGUGCGAAACGGAAUUGGAAUGGAAAAGUGGAGAAAGUAUUGGACAUAGAAGAAAAUGUUUGCUGUCCCAAACUGGGUUUGAAAGGAAAGAUUGACGCCACUUUACAAGUCUCAAUACAUGAACGUGGAGGUAGUACAAAAGCGAUAGUGCCAUUAGAGUUGAAGAGUGGUCGCGCAUCGGUGUCGGCCGAACAUCGCGGUCAACUCGUGCUAUAUGGCAUGAUGCUCAGCUUGCAAAGACAGGAAGACCCCGCCAGUGCCCUGCAACGUGGCUUACUGCUGUAUCUGAAAGAGCGCAUAGAUCUUCGCGAAGUGAGCUGCGGCUAUCCUGAAAGACGUGAUUUGAUGAUGCUGCGAAACGAUCUUGUUCAACAUUUGUCGACUGGACCGCGUAAUAUUGACGUAGAUAAUGUAGUAGAUAUAGAGGACGCGUCACUGUUGUUGCAACAGAGCCUGCCCGAUCCGGUUCAUCAUCAUGCAGCUUGCUCUAAAUGUCCAUACCUUACGCUCUGCUCAUUACAUUUAUGGCACACGGACGGUCCUAAGGUAACAGAGUCGCAUCCGCUUUCAAAAUUGCGCGAAGAAGCAUUGGGCCAUUUGUCCCCACAACACGUGAAGUAUUUUCUUCACUGGACCAGUUUGUUGAAGCUCGAGGAAAAGGGACAGUUGAUCACGUCUCCUUUGCACGCCUUGUGGACGGAAAGUGUAGAAAAACGUGCAAAACGCGGUGUGUGCGCAAUGAAUUUAAAAUUAAAAUCUGUAACUUGUUCAGGCGACAGAUUUUCACAUAUUUUUGUUCGGAACUCCACAAAUACAGAACGCCUAUCAAAUGGCGACAAAUCUACUAAGGGGCCUCAAGAAGGGGAGUUCUCAAUUGUGAGUAUAGAAAAUCGACCGUGGAUAGCUGCAGGAGUGGUAUCUAUAUCAAACAGCAAUGAGUUGCACAUACUUUUGGAAAGGGAUCUAAGCCGUCGGCUAAAUGAACAAACUGCGUUUCACAUAGACACAUACGAGUCUUUCGCGACCACGGUUCAAAACUUGACUAAUCUUGGAGUUCUUAUGGAAGACAGCGAUCGCGCCUUGAGGCUAAGAACUUUAAUAAUAGACAAAACAACGCCAGAGUUUGUGCCAAAGUUACCCCGCGAAGUUGGUAGGCUAGGUUCCAAAUUAAUGCGCUCUUUAAACAUUGAGCAGCAACGCGCAGUUCUUAAGGCGUUAGCCUGCGAACAUUACGUAUUAUUGAAGGGCCUUCCUGGAACUGGUAAAACACAAACGAUUAGCGUACUCAUACAAAUGCUUGUGGGGCUCAAACAACGCGUACUCGUCACUGCGCACACGCAUUCUGCUGUUGACACAGUGCUGAACAGAUUACCAGCAUCGCUUCAAAUAAUGCGACUCGGAGCAGCGAGUCGGGUGGCGCCCGGUUUGAUAUCCAGAUGUGAACAUACCCUAAUUAAAAAGUGUCAUUCUACUGAGCAACUCCAGCAGCUCUACGACUCUAUGGAGGUCGUCGGAGUAACUUGUCUGGGGGCCACACAUCCAAUGUUGGCUCGUACAACAUUUGAUGUAUGCAUCGUCGACGAAGCAACGCAGGUAUUGCAAUGCACAGUCUUACGGCCAUUGUUUGCAGCGAAGCGCUUUGUGUUAGUUGGAGACCCCGAGCAACUUCCGCCUGUUGUGAGAAGUAAAAAUGCAAGGCGUCUCGGUAUGGAAGAGAGUCUGUUCCACAGACUGGUAAGGGACGAUGUAACGUGCACGCUGAGAUUGCAAUAUCGUAUGAACCAGGCUUUAGUGGAGCUCGCUAACAAGGUGGCAUACAACAACAACCUCAAAUGCGCUGACCAGAAGGUCGCACAGGCCAAACUACAAAUAGAUAUGCAGGCAAUAUCUCUCCAUGCCGUAGAAUCGCCAUGGCUAAUCGAGGCUUGUAGUCCUGCGUUCGAAGAUGCCGCUGUUUUUAUAAACACAAUUGUUUCUUCUGUGGGAAACAAUGGCAACGAUAAAGUACUCACGAAUGUUGAUGAGGCCUGCGUCGUGAUGGAUUUAGUCGAGAAAUUAAAACAGGGUCGGGUACCCCCUGCGGAUAUAGGGGUCAUUGCUCCUUACCGCGAUCAAGUGUCCCUCCUACGACGCGUUUUAUCCGGCAAAGACGUGGAAGUGAGCACCGUGGACCAGUUCCAGGGACGAGACAAGAGCGUCAUUAUAUAUUCUUGCACCAAGCGUAUUGAAAAGGAAGAGCGACGCCCAAAGGAGGGGGAAGUCCUCAAUGAUCAACGACGCCUAGCUGUGAGUGUGACGCGCGCAAAACACAAACUCAUAGUAGUAGGAAACUUACGCGCUUUGCAGCGAUAUGCGCCUCUUAUGAAACUCAUUGAAUCCUGUAAAAUGAUUACUGUAGAAGAAGAGACGGUGACAAAGUUAAAUAAAAUACAUGGGAAUUUAGAUACGUGAUCAUUCGACCACAGGUUAUGUCGUGUGUAAAAAAAAAUCAACGAAAAAGAUAAUUAAUUGAAACAAACUUUGACGUUUGGCCAGCGAGAUUUAGAGAUCCAUUUAUAGUAACUCCUAUUUUCUAUCUCGUAAAUAUCGUCGAAAUUCAUUAAUAUUAAUAACUUAUCUGUUUUCGUUGACGUUUGUUUAUAAUUUAUUUAUGUGUUUGUCUUUUCAUUGAAUUGUUUGAUGUAACUCGUUUGUAAUCUUGGCUUAACUAGCGUGAAUUCGGAGAAAGUGGAGUGAAACCAUUUAUUAUUGUUAAAAACUAAUUAUAGUAUAAGGAAAUUUAACAUAGGUAAGGAGUCAGAUUUUGAAACAGGGUUCAAAGUUCUAGAACUUGCAAAUAAAUAUAUUCUGGUUAUUAUUGCUUUGACUUACUUCAAGCUUAAAUAGCUUGUUGUUUAAGCAAACGUUUGAUCACUAAGUAUUUAUUGGCCAUUUUAACCUAUGAGUAUUUUUGACAAAAUAAUUUUUAGCUUAAUUAUGCAGUAAAAAAAAAUAAGUAGUAAUAAGUUAGUAAAUUCUCAAACUGUUAAAACAUCACCCUGUAUGCUUGCGAACUGCGAAAACUUUGCCUCAACGGAGUGUCUAGUGGGAGAUUCACUACAUAAGUUUAAUUAUUCGAUAGCGUGUAAAUUCACGCUAUUUACGGUUACUUCUAUUUGAUUAUUGUAGAAUCGAAAGAGUACCAUCAAGUUACAUUACUGAGAAACUGUAUUUAUAGAAAAACUCACACUAGGCAUGAAUUUCAUACCACGCCAUCUUUAAAAGCAAAUCGCAGCGACAAUUUUCAUGCAAAUGUAUCCUAAUUUUCUUUUUAUUAAAACUUAAGCGCAUAAGACAAAACAAAAAAAGGUUGAGAUCAGUUUUUGUCACGAGAAACUUUCAGGCAAUUGAUUUUUGAUGCAUGUUAUUUUUUAUCAAGUUAUUUAGCCAUUUAUGCCAUCAAUCAUGAUAAUUUUAAAACAACAAAUUAUUCCUAUACCAUGUAUAUAAAUUUAAAUUAAUGUUAUACAAUUAAUCCAUUAUUUUAGUGGAUAAAUAUUGACUGACUCUUUUUAAUUAUGUAUGCACAUGCACAAAUAGAGCAAUUAUUAUAAUCCUGAUAUAUUAUG